AAUCAUCCGUUAGCACGAUUAUGGAACAUAAGUGAUGCAGAUGUACCCGAAUGGUUGGAGUCUGAGAGAAAUUUGGUUGCGAUUGAUGAUAUCUUAAGACCAAUUCUAGAAGAUGAUUCUUUUAUUUCAAGCUUUGGCGGAACUUAUAUAGAUAUAUUUUCAGAGCUAAUAAUUGUCAAUACAGUGGACUUUUCUAAAGUCAAUGAAUUGCUAGCCUUGCCUCAAAUAAAGCCAUAUAAGAAAUUGUUAUAUUUUAGAGAAGCAAACAAUUCCAUGAGUCAAUUGAAACACAAUUUCCGCGAAAUAUCUUAUUUAGCUAGAUUUUUGAAUGCUGUUGAACGCUUUCACCCGGCUAUAUUCUAUGUUAAUGAAGAACCCCUAUCUGUUCCGCAAACUAUAAUAAGACCACGAAGUGGUGUCGUUGGAAAUUAUGAUUCCGCUCUCGGUGAUAGUGGUGGGUCUGUAGUUUCUUUUGUUUCUCCACAAGAUUUAAAUCUAGUGGUUUUACAUGGUAAACAUAGUAACGGUGGUGGUGGGGUUUCUGCAUCUCAAUCGAUUGAUACAAUUUUCAAUGAUUUAGAAAAAAGUAAUAUUAGAUAUCUUAAUGAGCUUAUUCUUUAUCUAGGGGAUUCAUAG